CAAUCGUAUUUGUUUACCAUUUUGCCAUUACUUACAUUAAUCUCCACGUUAGCGAUAAUUCGAUUAGGACCGCCUGGAACAAUGGAAAUGCAAGAACUGCACACAUCUGCCCUGGAAAAGCAUGAAAAAGCCAAACAAUUAGUGAACCACUACACAAGAUCGUCAAACUGGGAUGAGAUGAGAAGAUCUCGAUUCCAUGGCACACCACUGCAUGUAGCCACUGGGGAGUAUAUCCCGUUACAGCACGGAUCACCCGACUUGAAACGCAACUAUAUCUAUCCCAGUCAACCAUCGCCCAUUCCGGCAUUUCAAAUGCCCGGACAGUACAGUCCUAAGUAUAUCCCUCUACAGGAUUUAAGACCGGGUCCACAAAUGUCUCCGCUUUCUGUGCGAACAGCAAAAACGCAAGAUUUCAUGAAUCAAGAUCCGGACGAAGCUGUGAUUAAGAUUUCCAGCAUGUUUCCGACUGUGUCCGACACUCACAUUCGACUUUUACUCAAAAAGUAUCAUAAUCGUGAGGCGGUUGUAAUCAGCGCUCUCCAGGUGGAAAAACAUCCGAUUGUAACGCCCGGACCGUUUGCAACGCCGCCACCGACCCGGAGUAUUCACAUCCCGCUGCAGAUGACACCCCCGCUGGGUGUACGCACCAUGUCGAGGACCAGCAGUCCCACUUUGAGAACAACGAGCACUAACAGUACUUACACCGGGUCACCAAGGGUGGGCGAUUAUCGAAAUUCACCGCGGCCGCAUUCUUCACCAAAACUUAAAUUAAGAUACAUGAAAUCGUUAUUUCCACAAGCGGAAGAAACAAUUAUAUUGGACGUGUUAACAAGCAACGACAACAACAUUCAGAAGGCUUCCGAUACAUUGAAAGAAAUGGGCUUCAGCAAGAAGGAUUCAGCUAAACUUAAAAAAAUCGCUGAUGAAGCGAAGAAAGUAGCCGAAGAAAAGGCCAAGAAAGAGGCGGAGAUGGCAUUUCCCAAGACGCCACUAGCUCCACCAAAACUAAAGACUCUAGCUGAGAAAGAUAAAAUUAAAUUAAGUCUCCAACAGUUAUACAAGGACAUCCCAGAGCAUGUUAUCUCAAUUGCUCUGGAAAGCGUACAUUUCGACGAGGAUCGUGCCAAUCAAAUUCUACAAAUUAUGGUGCAGGAGGACAACAAAAUGGAUAACAAAAUAAAAGAGAGUCUAGACAUUAAAGAGGAAGAAAAAUGUGAAGUGGAUUGCCUAUCACCACCUGUAAUGGUUACAACUUCACAGAGUCGCCAAUCGUUGAAAUCGCUAUUAAAGGAGAAGCCCGAGUGCAAUAAAACAACAUUCAGUAGAGUUAUUGAGGAGAACAACAUGAACAGUGGCAACUACAAGUCGAGCAACUUAUCCAACACCAAAGGGUCUAAUCCCAGCUAUGUUAAUGGUGCCAAUGAGAAAUUACUCCUUGAAGAUUAUAUAAAAUGGCAAGGCCCUAACGCCAAGUUAAAGCACGGCGCGAAUCUCUCGAUUGUCAAAGGACCAAACAAAGAUCUGGUGGGUAAAAAAAACUACAAACCGUGCGGGCCUAAUGCGGAGCUACGCAAGGGCGCAUUACUAGGACUCGCUAAAGGAAGCAUUUUCUCUCAGUUAAAGGUGGCAUUCAUGGGCGAGUCGCGCGGCAAAUAGCAUCCGACGUGCACUUUGAUUUAAGCCCUUUUACACACACGUAAAAACAAACAAACCAACAAAAAACAUACUUGCAUACAAUCAUUCCUACCGCGUACCUGCUUUAACUCAUGCCAAACAACACAAAACGAUAAUACUCGAUGAAUUCCAUUUUACAUUUUACAAUUUGACAAGUUUUGUUUGAUUCCGAAAUUCAAACAAGAUACGAUAAGUUACCACACAGUUAUUAUGCUAGUCGAUAAGAAGUAAAAUAAAAUAAACGUAGAAUUUAAAUAUUAGUAGGAUGAUACGUGUUUCACGUUUUUAUUUUCGCGCUAGGUAGGGUCAAUUUAUAAUUCUGGAGGAAAAAGAAACAGAAAAUGCUCGUACUACUCGUGAUGAGGCUGUGCGUAGAGAAUGUGUUAGAUUUGUAAUGGAAACAAUGCCGCCCAAGUUCUGAUAAAUUCUGUUUUACUUAAAAAAAAAGAAACAACUUCGAUUUAGAAAACUAACGUCCAAAUUACUGCUACACGUAUUUUUCUCUUGAUUACAUAAAAAACUUUGAAUAAAAAUAUUAAACUGUGAGCAACGACGACUUAAAUUUUGAAUAAAACUUCAUCCGUCAUUGUAAAUAAAACAGAAAUGUUAAAAUUAAAAGAUUAGUUAAAAUUAGCAAGAAAAGAAAAAUCAUGGUCAAAUAUUUACAUUACAGUCGCAUUUAAACAAAAACAAAAACCCAACAAAUGUUGUAAAUGUACAGAAAGGAUCGAUAUUUUUUAAAAUGUUUUUUGGACAAAACCCUUUCACUUGCAUACAAUACAACUUCAUAGUAUUAGAACAUACAACAUAGCCAAUCUAGCCAAAAAUAGCCGAUAGAUUAGAACAACUACAAUAUGUAGCUCCUAGAUUAAAGAAAGCUGACGAUAUUACCUUGUUUUAAUUAAACAUUAACAAGUUACACACCAUGUAACACUACACUAGUCAACAGACGAACAUAGCAAAGAAGUUAUUGUUAGUAAAAAAUACGUAACUUUGGUUCUAACGCAUGUGACGCAUGAUUUAUCAAUAUGGCAUAUUUUCAGUGCAGAUAUUUUUGUAAUCACUUGAUGACAAAGUUUAAUUGUAGUGUUUUCUCUGUAUAGUUGAAUGUAUAGUGAACUGAAUGUCAAAGAAAUAAAUAGUCCAUCCAGAGAA